AUGAAAUGGACAAGUUUCUCUGGCGUGCUUGGUGCAUUCACUUGCAAGCGAUCUGUCAAUAUCGCUCCCUUCGUAAAUGGCAGCACGAGUGUACAAAGUCAUGGAGACAACAACUAUUUUGCUAACAACACACUUGGUGGCAAAGCGUUCGAGGUUGGGAUUGAUACGGGAAGCUCUACUUUAUGGGUAAAAGGAGAUGUACCUGGAACGAAAAAUCUCAGCAUGCCGCACGAAAUUCAUGUUGGAACCGGCUCAGAAAAGGGUGUGCUAUCUCCGUCGUGUGCUUCAAAGAUCAAGCUUACCUCAAUGUCAUUCCGACCUCCCCCCCCCCAUACACCUGAUGAAGAUAGCAUACUCGGCUUGGGACUGGGACCAUCUGCGGAAUUCAAUUCCACUUUGGCACCUCCGCUCGACCGGAUCUUCCGACAAAAUACUUCGACACCGAAUUUCAUUUCCGUCCUUCUCACUCGUAUGACAGAUGAGAGGCCCGGAGGCACAGCGCCGCAAACUGGCCAACUAACAAUUGGGUCCGUCAUCCCGACACUUGAGAAUAUCACGAGACAGGCAAAGCUACCGGCUCUCCGGGACUUAUUGGCGAAGACAUCCAUUUCUGACCCGAAGCAGGGCAGUACCAAUCAGUUGCACGUCAUGUUCGACACAGGUACCAAUCUCGCGCUGGUUUCUAGAGAAAUUGCAGAUACUAUCUACGGACGUGUACUGGAUGCAGCGUUCUUUCCUCAAGACGAGGCCGGUUACUGGCAGAUUCCUUGCGACUAUGAGCUGAACGUCACUUUCUCCUUUGGUGGAGUCAAGUAUCCGAUUGUACCCUUGGCUUUGACUAAGCCUGAACAAGGCUACUCCUCUGAAAAGUUUAUAACAUGCGUAUCAAUUUUCCAACAAAUUCCGCAAUCUCUCGCAGAUUAUACACAGUCUGGAGGAAUGGACACAAUACUCGGCAUGGCGUUUUUGCGAAACACUUAUUUGUUGAUUAAUUCUGGCGACUUCAUUAAUGGAUCAAGCAGCUCCGUCGCAGAUCCGUACAUUCAACUUCUUUCUGUGACUGACUUAGCAGUGGCACACACAGACUUUGUUAAUGUGCGUCUAGGUGGAGUGGACAAGACCGGCUCACAGCCAUCCCUGCUCUCCAUGAAAAAAGCGAAGCAUUCUCCUCAGACGAAAGUUGGAAAACCUUUCUACAAGACUUUGUGGUUCAUUAUUGUCGUCUCUAUUGUUGGUGCGCUACUGGUGGCCUCAAUUGCCUACUUCGUCUACUCGCGUGUUCGUACGCGAAGCAGCAAAAUACGUAUAGAAACAGGGUUCAGGCCUGCAAUGGUCGGAACAACCUCAUAUGCACCAUUGCUUGAUCCUGUUUCGCGUUCGCAAAGUGCACGCUCUGCUUAGCUGUCGCAACAUUCCGAGCCGUGAGCUUUUGGUGGAUGCUCAGUGGAAGCUCUAGAGUAUUCAGAGCUGGAGUAUGAGGGCUUUGCCAAGAUAUUAAAUUAAGCUCUAAGACUAAUAUUUGAGCCUUCUUUAGUUGUUUUAAUAUGUAAAUUCUUAUUUAUUUAUCUUUCCAUUUCCUGCUUUAUGUUAUUUGAUUGGAACCGUAGUCUGGACAAUGCAGACGCGUUGCAUAUUCCAUAGUAUUUA